AUGGCGACCAUAUUUCAGAAGUACGAAGAAAUAUCUGGUCAAAAGGUAAACUAUGAUAAAUCUUUAAUCAUAUUUGGUCUGAAAAUACAGAGAUUACAGAGACACUUGAAGAUUUAUAAUGUUGGUGGAGGGGGUAAAUAUUUGGGGCUCCCAGAGCAGUUUGGAAGGAAAAAUGUGGAGAUGUUUCAGUAUAUUGUGGAUAGAGUGAAAGAAAGAACAGAAGGAUGGUCUUUUAAAUAUUUAUCACCUGCUAGAAAGGAGAUACUAAUUAAAUCAGUGGCAUUGGCACUUCCAGUUUACUCGAUGAAUUGUUUCUUACUGCCUUUGUCUAUCUGUGAAGAGAUACAAAGUGUUCUUGCUACCUUCUGGUGGGGAAAAGAAAAAGGUCGUAGACAGCUUCCAUGGGUUGCUUGGGAUAAAAUGACUCUCCCUAAGUCUGAAGGAGGCUUGGGUUUUAAAGAACUUCAUGAGUUCAACAGAUCCCUUUUAGCUAAACAAGCCUGGCGAAUCAUGAACAAUCCACAAAGUCUAUUGGCAAGACUGUAUAAAGGUAUGUAUCAUCCUAACUCAUCUUAUCUACAAACAGUUAUUGGUCCUCGAUCUUCUUAUAAUUGGAAAUCAAUCCAAUAUGGAAAGGAGUUAUUACAAGUUGGUCUCCAAGUUAAGAUAGGGAAUUGUCAAACAACAAAAAUUUGGGAGGAUCCUUGGUUGCCUACCCUCCCUCCACGACCAGCUUCACGUCCAGUUAUAGAUGCCAGUUGGACAGUCUCUGAUUUGUGGUGGGAAGAUUGA